CGCGCAUUCCUGCUUCAAGGGCAGUCUGAAGCCGCCUCGAAACGCAUCACGAACCAGCGUGCCGAUGCCCGACCUACUCUGAACGCUCCCUGAUUGAUUUUUUUCACACAUUACUUCUACCAACUGGCGUGUGAACAUCACAGUUGGUCGUCCGCGGACGGCAGGUGUCCGCCGGCGUUGGACCCUCUCCCAUUCCGAACACCCCUGUCGGCGCCUUCGGCGCCGCCCCAUGCGCGUUUCGCGCGCCGGGGGAGGGUGUUGGGAGUGUGUCCAACGCUGGCAGACAUGCAGAAGUCUGCCGUCCGCGGCCAUCUGAAGUUCAUGACUGUAUGGCUUCCUGGCCCCUUCUCGUCAGCGACCAGAUCGUGAGAAGUCCCGACCCGGAGCUGGACCUGCCAGGCCUGCAGCCUGGGCGGUACAGGUGGGGCGUCCAGUGGUGGUCCGACGACUCCUUUGGCGCCAGGUCCGCCGAGGCCGAGUCCGAGGUUCUGGUGGCGCCCCGCGCCGACGUCUGGGACGGCGUCCCCUGGCUGGGGGCACACGGCUCCAACGAGUUCCGCCUCGAGGCACAUGUUCCAGCCGCAGGCGACGCAGAGUUGCUGGUCGCCACCCUCGGCUUCGGCUACGCGCAGAUCAACGGCCACGAGGUGUCCAGGGACGUGCUCGGCUACUCAGGCUGGACGGUCACAGAGAAGCGCGUGCUCUACCGCAGCUACAACGUGACGGGCCUCCUCGGCAGCGACGGGCUGGCCGAGAUUUUCGUCGUGCUGGGCUGCGGGUACCGCUGCGAUGGGAGUGGCAAGCUGCGCUUCCCGGGGAGGCCACCACCCGCCCACGACGCGAUCCCGAAGGUGCUCCGCCUGCAGCUGCGAGUCGGGGGGAAGCUCGCGGUGCACAGCGGCAGCCCCGGGUGGCAGUCACGGCGGGGCCCGAUCGUGGACGAUUCCGUGUACGACGGAGAGACGUACCACCAGAUGGCUGCCACGGACUGGACCGGGGCCGCUGCGCUCCCCCUGGGCCGCGGCCCUGCCGGCGCCAUGGUUCCCGCCAGCUUCCCGGGCGUCCAGAUCACGCAGGUCGACGCGCCGGUGGCCGUCUCCGAGCCGUCUCGUGGCGUGUUCGUGGUGGACUUUGGCUCCAACGUUGCCGGCGUCUGCCGCAUCUCCAUCCCCUCGGCGGCCACCGUCGUGCUGAGGCACGGCGAGGUGCUGCAGCACUCGUCCAUGCCCGCGGCUCCGGUGCCCCGGCGGGGCCGUGUCUAUUUCGGCAACCUGCGCACGGCAACGGCGACCGACACCGUCGUCACGGCGGGGCCUUUGGAAGAUUGGUGGCCGCGCUUCACUUAUCACGGCUUCCGGUACGUCGAGGUCACAGGCUUCCCGGGGACGCUCACAGCUGCCAAUAUCUCCAGGUUGCGCCUCAGCACUGCCUUGGAGUCGAAGGUCCAGGCCACCUUCGGCGAUGAAGUAUUGCAGGCCAUUCACGAGGGCUCGCGGGGCUCGCAGCUGUCGAACCUGGUGCAGCUGCCCACAGACUGUCCUCAGCGCGAUGAGCGGCUGGGCUGGCUAGGGGACGUCAGUCUGUCUGCAGAGUCGAUGUUCCUCCAUUUUGACUACGCAGGGAUGGCCACUGCGUUCGCCGACUCGAUGAUAGACGCCAUGGGCGAAGACGGCAGCCUGCCAGAUAUAGUGCCGUGCGGGCCCCGUUGUCCAGCUCGCCCGGGAGAUUCCUCGUGGCAGGCAGCAUUCCUUGAGAUUCUCACGCAAGUUUGGAAGGUGGAUGGCGACCUUGAACCAGCAAGGGCACGCUGGUCAGCCAUCUUCAGGCACGUUGCGAGCAUCGAGGCCGAGUUUUCGAGGCGGCAGACCCUCAAACAGUGGCCGGAGUACUAUGGUGAUUGGUGCCCGCCGCCGCACACCCCUGGAGGCCUCGGCGGGCAAGAGGUGGCCUCGCACGGAUUCGCCGCGGCGUUUUCCGCGGCCCGCACCGUGCAGCAGGCGGCAGACCUUGCGGGUGCGCUCGGCCUGGAGGCCCAGGCGAACCUUUCUGCGCUCGCCUGCAGGAUGCGGGAGGACUUCCACGCCAGCUUUUUCGACCCCGCGACGAGCUCGUACGACACGGGCACCAUGCUGAGCUACGUGCUGCCCCUGGCGCUGGGUGCGGUGCCCCAGGACGUGGACGCAGUGGUUUUUCAGGGCCUGCUGGACCACAUCGCCAGCAAGAACGGCACCUGGUCCGGCGGCAUCAUCAACAACCGGUUCCUGUUCGACCUGCUGGCCGAUCGCGGCCACGCCGACCUCGCGCUGGCCAUGCUGCAGCGCAGA